AUGGAUAAAGUAGUUCGGCUUUUGUUGGCUCAAGAUUUACCAGAAAAACCAGGGGAAAUUAUGCAGGAUACAGCAGAAAACAUUAUUCAGGAAUUAAUUAGCUUAAGCAUGCUUCAAGAACAUUAUAUUAAAGGAUACAGUGAAAUACAAGGAUCCAGAUUCUAUGAAAAAUCAUACCUUGUCAAAGUUGACGAGCAAGAUUUCAUAUCUAAAGCUGCCAAUUCGCCAGUCCAUUCAUUUAUCAAAAACAAUGGACACAGCACGCCAUCUAACAUCAAAAGCCUUCUACUUCGAUCCUUGUUUGCCUCAUCAAGGAAUUCUGAUGAUCAUUUUGGUGCGUUUUCACAGGUGUGUUUGCAAACUAUAUGUGGGUUGCAGUUCAUCUUGGUAUGUGAUUUGCAUGGUGCAGUGGAAAACUUACCUGAUGAAGUGGGAGACUUGGUUCACCUCAAGUAUUUACGCUUGAGCAGCUUAUUCAUCAGGAAGCUUCCACGCAUCUGUUCUGGUGCUGGCAUUGCUAGUGAACUGAGUAGCUUAACCCAGCUGCGACAACUUGAUGUUCAUGAUGUUUCCGAGGAUCAUGCCGAUGAGCUAUUUGCAUCCAUCAUAAAACUGGAAAACCUUGUUUCCCUAUCAUUAAAUGCAGAACAAGCCAGCAGUGGCACACUUCUCCCCGAAUUGGACUCAUUUUCCCCUCCACCGCCGCAUCUUCAAGAGCUUUUUAUCCGUGGUGGCCUAGUUGAAAUCCCCAGUUGGCUUCUCUCCAUUGCAAACCUAAACACUCUAGAACUAUGCCAUUCUAAUCUCCAGGAGAACCCAUCUUCAGUUCUUCAAUUUCUUCCCAAACUAAAACAUCUUGUUCUAUGGUAUGCCUACAGCGCAAAGCUCAUUGGUGCAGACUUUUGCGAGGCAGGUGGAUUUCCAGAAUUGGGAACUUUGACAAUUGCUUCAAGUGAACUAGUGGAGUGGACUGAGAUUGGUAUUGGUGAAUGGGGCUUUUCCAUGUUUGAGGCGUCUUCAAUUUUGGAAUUGCCGUAA